CGAAAAGUGCCAUCAUUAUUGUAGUGCUCAGUUCUUCGAAAGUAUUAUUAGGGAGACAAACAUGACAACGCCGUUGAACGUAAUAAAUUCGCAUUCCCCACUCAUUGAGAUAACGCCAAAUAAUUGGGAAAUUUUAUUGGAUAUUUACUCAUCGAAACGCAUCGAACCGAACGGAUAUAAUUUAAUCAAAAAUUUCAUCAAAUGGAUUGAAAAGAAUCCCGAAUUGGAUAUCAAGUGUUAUUCGCUGGACGAAGACUGGAAAACCGAUGGCACUUUCAUAAUGAUUGUGAACCAUGGGACAGCUCAAAAGUUUAUCUACUUCAAUACGCUGAGCGAGAAUCUGGAUCGUUUGAUCAAAUUGCUCUUCGGUUAUACAACUAAUGCCAAAGCAUACUAUUUUCUAUAUGGUUAUGGAGAACGUUUGAAGCCCACAAUCGAUGAAAACAUGCAAAUUUUCGGACACACACAGCUCGACACAUUACAGACAAUUUGGUACAGAGCCAACAAAGAGGUUGUAACCACCUUUUCCAUAGAACCUCCAUCGGGGAUUAGUUUGCGCACAUUGGAAACUGCGGAUGCGGAAAUCGUUAAUGAAUUGUGGCCACAUCGGGCGGAACGAACUAUUGAGUUUGUAAAACAUUUGAUAGAUCAUAAUAUAUCUAUUGGUGCCUGUGAUAGCAAUGGCAAAUUGAUAGCCUGGUGCUUAAGAUUGCCGUUGGGUUCGUUGGGUAUGCUGCAUGUGGUUGCCUCUCAGAGGCGUCUCGGCCUUGGCAGCUUGAUGGUGCGCUGCCUGUCCAAGAAGAUUGCCGAGCACAACGACGAAGUGUUGGCUUCCGUGGUUCCCGAGAAUAUGCCGUCCCGCGAAAUGUUUGAGAAACUGGGAUUUCGGCAGAUCGAUAAUGUUUAUUGGACUUCCGGCAGUGCCACGAAAUAAGAAUCUGUUAAAAAUAUGUAUAAAGAAAAGAUCAGUGUUUAGCUAUGAAUUAAAGUAUUUU